UCCAAAUUAGAAGCUAGUUUUCUAAAGUUUCAACACUAACUGAACCACAGUAUAUUGUUGUUACUAUUGCUAUUGUCAAAUAUUAAUCAAGAACAUUGAUAUAGCUAUGGAGGUUGGAAAGAAGAAGAUGAUGCUCAAGUCUUUGAUCAAAAAGGUGAUAAAGGGUCUUCCAUUAUUCUUGGCACCAAAUGGAGUACGUAGUACGAGAAGGGUUUGUUAUAUGAGUGACAUUGAUGAGGAAAAUGAACAUGCAACAAAGGUGCCAGAAGAUGUUAAAGAAGGACACUUUGCGGUUAUAGCAAUGCAUGGUGAAGAAACAAAAAGGUUCGUUGUUGAGUUAGAUUAUUUAACCGAUCCUGCUUUCUUGAAGCUGCUGGAGCAAGCAAGGGAAGAGUAUGGCUUUCAACAGAAGGGUGCACUUGCAGUUCCCUGCACCCCCGAAGAACUUCAGAAGAUUAUAGAGAAUCGACCACUGCGUAAUUAACACACUUCUUCUGUUUAUACACGUUAAGCUAUUACAUAGAUCAAUUGAUACUUUUUUCUUUUUCUUUUCACUUUUUUUGGUAAUCAUUUUACAGUUUUUGCAAAGGUUAUGCAUCUAAUUAAUAGGGAUGGCUCUACCUAUUGCGUAUACCAUUUUUUUAUAUUUAAAAUCUAGCUUGAACAUAUGACAUUGUUUGUGUGACAACUAUAUUCCAGAAAUAUUACAGAAAGGAAUACAAUUGGUCUUGUGAGA